GAGGGCAAGUGGAACGGCUAAUGAAACGCAGCGUUUGUUACCAUUUAGACACGACCUAUUUCCAUCCAUUGAAAACGUUCUCAGGAAACUGUGGUUUUAGAAAAGCCUUUAUGGCGCCGCCACUCCGCCAUAUUGGCUCAAAGCGUAUAGGCCUCAAUGGAAUCCUGUGCAACGUCUUGGCGCCCAAAUGGAGGACAGUGGAGCAGUUUCAUAACCCCCGUUUAGGAGGAGUUCAGUUUUCUCGCAGCUCCGUGGAGCUAAACAUGCAGGCACACGGACGACAGUGGUAGGGAAAACAUUAACCAAAGUGUUGCUGAGCCGAGGAGAAACAAACGGAGACUACACCUUCUGAAUUGUACAUUAAGACUUUACCUCGCCCGUCAGUUAUACGGCAGAAGGACUGUGUGCAUCCCUGAAAACACGAGAGGAGAGUGUAACCCGUGGCUGCUCGGGACGUGAAGAUCACUGAACCCACCUGGACCAGCGCUGUAACCCGAACCUGAUGUCCACUGGCCAGCGGCUCUGUCCGUUUCCUCUUUAGUGAGCACGGUAUUCAAAGCGUUGUGCGUUACCGGCGGAACCGUUGACGGGAGCAGACACAGCAGCUGAGGAGUUCACUAUGUUUGUUUGACAACCACGUAUGGUUUGCUUUUUGAGACGGGGGGGCGAUACUGGGAAGCGGUGGGAAAGGCGGGGCCGAAUCGGUGGACUCCCAAAUCGGAUUAUUGAGGUCCCCUGUGCCGAUUCACCCACAGCGACGCAGCGUUUUUUUUUGGGGGGUGGGGGGUCGACGAAGGAGGCAACAACUGGAAUAUAGAAAGCUUUCUUUGAAACUCUUUGCUGACGGAGUGGUGUUCUGUCAGUUAUUCCUGUCAAACGGCCAGCUGCGUGUGGCCUUCGCUUUCCCCAUUUAGGAGCAUAAUACGAUUUGGGACGUAUAUUUUGGGGAUCAUUUUUCUCCAGCCGGGAUCGGACUAUGGCGGACGACGACAUUCUCUUUGAAGAUGUGUAUGAGCUCUGUGAGGUCAUUGGCAAGGGUCCCUUCAGCGUGGUGAGAAGAUGCAUCAACAGAGAGACGGGGCAGCAGUUUGCUGUCAAAAUCGUAGAUGUGGCCCAGUUCACCUCCAGUCCUGGACUCAGCACGGAGGAUCUAAAGAGGGAGGCCAGCAUCUGCCACAUGCUGAAGCACCCCCACAUUGUGGAGCUGCUGGAGACAUACAGCUCAGAUGGGAUGCUUUACAUGGUUUUCGAAUUUAUGGAUGGAGCAGACCUGUGUUUUGAGAUUGUGAAGAGGGCAGAUGCUGGCUUUGUCUACAGCGAAGCAGUGGCCAGUCACUACAUGAGACAGAUCCUUGAGGCACUACGCUAUUGCCACGACAACAAUGUCAUCCACCGAGAUGUCAAGCCUCACUGUGUGCUGCUGGCGUCCAAAGAGAACUCGGCUCCAGUUAAGUUGGGGGGGUUUGGAGUAGCCAUCCAGCUGGGAGAGUCGGGACUGGUGGCAGGAGGUCGGGUAGGAACUCCCCACUUCAUGGCCCCAGAGGUGGUGAAGCGAGAGCCGUAUGGUAAACCUGUGGACGUGUGGGGAUGUGGAGUCAUCCUCUUCAUCCUGCUCUCAGGGUGUCUACCUUUCUAUGGCACCAAGGAGCGUCUGUUUGAAGCCAUCUGCAAGGGCAAAUACAAGAUGAAUCCCCGCCAGUGGGGCCACAUCUCAGAGAGCGCGAAGGAUCUGGUCAGGCGCAUGCUGAUGCUUGACCCUGCUGAGAGGAUCACUGUUUACGAAGCUCUUAACCACCCCUGGCUCAAGGAGAGGGACCGGUAUGCCUACAAAAUCCACCUGCCAGAGACUGUGGAACAGCUGAGAAAGUUCAACUCCAGAAGGAAGCUCAAGGGGGCUGUUCUGGCUGCAGUGUCCAGUCACAAGUUUAAUUCCUUCUAUGGAGACCCCCCUGAGGAACUCCAUGAUUUCUCUGAUGACCCCACCUCCUCAGGGGCUGUGUCUCAGGUGUUGGACAGUUUAGAGGAGAUCCACGCUUUGACAGACUGCAGUGAAAAAGAUUUAGAUUUCCUUCACAGUGUUUUCCAAGACCAGCAUCUACACACACUGCUCGAUCUCUAUGAUAAGAUCAACACCAAGUCAUCUCCACAGAUCAGAAACCCCCCCAGUGAUGCCGUGCAGAGAGCUAAAGAGAAUUCCUCCCAAGAUGAAGCAAGUGGCGCUUUGCAACAUCUGGAAUAUGUACUGGAAGAAAUUUCCUGCUACCCAGAGAACCACGAAGCUAAAGAACUCAGACGGAUACUGACCCAGCCACAUUUCAUGGCCUUGUUGCAGGCCCAUGACGUGGUGGCUCACGAGGUUUACAGUGACGAGGCUCUGAGGGUGACCCCUCCACCCACUUCGCCCUACCUGAACGGAGACUCCCCAGAGAGCACCAACGGAGACAUGGACCUGGAGAACGUCACCAGAGUCCGUCUGGUCCAGUUCCAGAAAAACACAGAUGAACCAAUGGGUAUCACGCUGAAAAUGAAUGAGUCAAACCACUGCAUCGUUGCCAGGAUAAUGCACGGGGGAAUGAUCCAUAGACAAGGAACUUUGCACGUAGGAGAUGAGAUCAGGGAGAUCAAUGGCAUCAGUGUGGCAAACCAGACUGUUGAGCAGCUGCAGAAGAUGCUGAGGGAGAUGAGAGGAAGCAUCACAUUCAAAAUAGUGCCAAGUUAUAGGACGCAGGGCUCCUCGUGUGAGAAAGAGUCCCCCACCACUUCCAGGCAGUCCCCUGCCAAUGGCCACUCCAGCAUUAACAGUUCUAUCUUGGACCUACCAUCCACCAUUCAACCCAAGGGUCGACAGACUGUAUCCAGACCUCCAAUUGAGGACAAAAUGUCUGUUAAGAUCUAUGUGAGGGCUCAGUUUGAAUAUGACCCCACCAAAGACGAACUCAUCCCCUGCAAGGAGGCCGGCAUUCGCUUCCGAGUGGGUGACAUCAUCCAGAUUAUCUCCAAGGAUGACCACAACUGGUGGCAGGGCAAACUGGAGAACACAAAAAAUGGCACAGCAGGCCUCAUCCCAUCGCCAGAGCUACAGGAGUGGCGAGUGGCAUGUAUAGCCAUGGAGAAGACCAAGCAGGAGCAGCAGGCCAGCUGUACCUGGUUUGGGAAGAAGAAGAAACAGUACAAAGACAAGUAUUUGGCAAAGCACAACGCAGUGUUUGACCAACUAGAUCUUGUGACAUAUGAAGAGGUUGUGAAGCUUCCUGCUUUCAAGAGGAAAACACUAGUUUUGUUAGGUGCCCAUGGAGUCGGGAGGAGACACAUCAAGAACACACUCAUAACCAAACACCCUGACAGAUUUGCGUACCCUAUCCCACACACAACUAGACUUCCAAAGAAGGACGAGGAGAACGGGAAGAACUACUACUUUGUUUCCCACGACCAGAUGAUGCAGGACAUCAGCAACAACGAGUACCUGGAAUAUGGCAGCCACGAGGACGCCAUGUACGGGACGCGGCUGGAGACGAUCCGGAAAAUCCACCAACAGGGACUCAUAGCUAUACUGGAUGUUGAACCUCAGGCCCUGAAGGUCCUGCGGACAGCAGAGUUUACCCCAUAUGUUGUCUUUAUUGCUGCACCAACUAUCACGCCAGGCAUCAAUGAGGAUGAGUCUCUCCAACGGCUGCAGAAGGAGUCCGAGAUCCUGCAGAAGACCUACGCCCACUACUUUGACCUGACCAUCAUCAACAACGAGAUUGAUGAGACCAUCAGGCACCUGGAGGAGGCCAUCAAUCUAGUGUGCACCACCAGCCAGUGGGUUCCCGUUUCCUGGGUCUACUGACCUGCAGCCCAACCUCCAGCAUCUCCUCCACCUCCCCCCUUCCAUCGGCAACACCUGGACCAAACUCCCCAUCAUUCCCUCUUCAAAAUAAGAAUAAAUAAUGAAAAAAUAAAACAAUUAACACAAGACAAUGGAAAACCUCACUCUACACUGCACUUGAUCAAAACUCCUUCAGCGUACUGUGAAAGCCACCACAUGAUUCAGUUGAAAUCCUCUUGAACGCUGCACAAACAACCAGUUAUUUGACUCUUGCCCUGACAGACGACAUAGUUAUAGUGUUGUAUAAAAACAGAGUAAACAAAAUUGAAUAUUGUCAUGUCUGUACUAGCUAGGAGGCAACAUUUUUGUAGAUGUUUGUUUUAAAGAGACAGUACUGUGUUCUGUCCUCCCAUGUUGAUGUUCUGCUAGCUCUUCACAUCUCCACCACAACCCUCCCGUCACUUUGUAGUCCUGUUGGGUGUUGGAGUACUAAACCAUUUGUAGAAAGACACUGUCAGUGAGUUUUCUUUUGAUUAGCAGACUAAAGUAAAAGCACACAAACACACUGCAAUGUCUUCUCAUCUACAGACCAUGUCACUGGUCCUCAUUGUUUGUUCAUUCCUGUUUUUUCUUUCUAAGCUGUAAUGCUGGGUUGCAUUUUCUAUUGCUAGCCUUCGGUACAGUUACAGUAUCGCCAUGCACACACAUGCACCUUUCUACCUACCUACCUACCUACCUACCAGGUACUGUCUCUUCUAAAUAAAUCCAUAAAUGUUUUAGAGAUUUGGAUGAGGUUAUCAUGCAUGUGGACAUUUGCAAGCUUCCAUGCUGUCAGUCAGUCAGUCAGUCAGUGUCCCCAGUGUCCCUCUGUAAACCUCCAAAACUAGCUGUGAUGGAGCUGGACAUUGAUUUGACACCUAUGCACAUCCCUUGCAUUGUGGGUGGCAUUUCUAAACCACACAUUUAUAAAAAGAUCGACUAUGUAGUGAGAUGUGUUUGUAAAAAAAACUGAAUGCAAGUCUUGAUUUUUCUCUUGAUUUGUCAUACACAAAAAGGAACAAUUUCACCAUAUUCCUUGUUUGCCACUUCAGAAAUGUGAUGUCCAAUACUAUUAGUGCUUCAAUCAAGUACAAAAAUUGCUGAGGAAUGAAAUGCUAAUUCUAUUCUGAAAAUGUUUAACUGUCUGCAAAGGAACUACACAUUCUACAAAUGUGACUACUUUGCAAUGAAAGAGGAGGUAGUGUGUGCAUCUGAGCAACCAUGUAUAUGAAUAUGACAGACUGACAUACGACUGUCCCCUGUGUAAAUGACUCUGCAAUGAUAUGAGUUCUUCAGUAUGAACAAUUUUCUAAAUAUAUUUCCUUUUAUGUGUUGGAAA